AUGGCCGACCCAACCGCGUUCUACGAGCCCGAGGAGGACGAGCUCCUCUCGUCGCUCGCCGUUCCCCAAUACGGCGGCGAGCAGGGCUACACCAACGAGGAGAGCUACCGGCGCCUCCAGGAGCUCGAGCAGCACACGUACGCCCAGCAGCUCGCGGCUGCCGAGAAGGACCAGGCGCAGGCGCUCGAGGCGAUUCCCGAGGACGUCAAGCGCUUCCUCGUGCUCUUCCACCAGGCCAUCCUUGAGAACGACCUGCCCACCAUCACCAACAUGUACGAGAGCGGGUGGAACAAGCUCACUCAGGCGUACUACCAGCACGCCGAGUGGCCCGAGGCCGAGCUCAUUGCUCCCCUUGUCCAGAACGACCAGGUGUUCCUGACGCUCUACCGCGAGCUCUACUUCCGCCACGUUUAUGCGCGUCUCCAGCCGACCAUUGACGACCGUUUCCAGUCGUACGAGAACAUCUGCGAGCUGUUCAACUACUUGUUGAACUCUGACGGACCGGUUCCCCUCGACCUGCCGAUCCAGUGGCUGUGGGACAUGCUCGACGAGUUUGUGUACCAGUUCCAGUCGUUUGCUCAGUGGCGUGCCAACGCAAAGGCCAAGAACGAGGACGAGCUCGACAUGCUCGCAGAGGCGAGCCAGAUCUGGUCGUGCUACUCUGUCCUGAACGUUCUCUACUCGCUGGUUCAAAAGUCGCAGAUCAACGAGCAGCUCCAGGCCGAAAAGGCCGGCAAGAGCGCCGACGAGGUCGCCGACAUUGCGGGCGAGUACGGUUCCAAGCCGCUCUACCGCAACCUGGGUUACUUCUCCCUCAUCUGCCUGCUGCGCGUGCACGUUCUCCUUGGUGACCCGACGCUCGCUCUCCAGACGAUGGAGAAUGUCGAGCUCUCGAGCUCGGCCUUCCUCACCCGUAUCACGGCGUGCCACGUCACGACCUACUACCACGUCGGAUGCGCGUACAUGGCUCUGGGCCGGUGGCCCGACGCCGUCAAGACGUUUAUCAACGUCCUCAUCUUCUUCCUGCGUAUGAAGCAGUACCACACCAGGAGUUACCAGUACGGCUCAAUCACCAAGACGAGCGAGCGCAUGUACGCGCUCCUUGCCAUCUGCACGACCCUCUCGCCCGGCCCGACCGACGACAGCAUCAUGUCCAACGUCAAGGAGCAUUAUGGCGACCAGCUCCAGGUGCUCCAGCGUGGUGGUGACGAGGCUCUCGAGGUGUACAAGGAGCUCUUCCUCCAGGCUUGCCCCAAGUACCUGUCGGUCAACCCUCCUCCGUACGAGGACCAGGACGCGCUGCAGGAGUGGAUGGCUGCCCCUCCUCCCGACGCGACCCAGCGCCACCUCGACCUGUUCCUCUCGGACGUGAUCUCGGUCCGUGGCGUCUCCAACGUCCGCAACCUCCUCAAGCUGUACACGUCGAUUGAUGCGGCCAAGCUCGCAGCCUUCCUCGAGACGGGUGGCGACGCCGAGGAGGAGGAGGUCCUCGAGCAGCUCAUGGUCCUCAAGGCCGCGUCGCGCACGUACGGCAAGCACGCUGGUGGCGGCUCGCUUCUCGACGGUGACCGCAUCGUCACCAACAACCUCGACUUUACCGUUGACGGCGCAAUGGUCCACGUCGAGGAGACGACUGCUCACCGCCGCUAUGCCGGCUUCUUUAUCCGUAACGCAGAGCACGCACAGCGCGUGUUCAACACUAUCCGCGCAGCCCCGCUUCCCUCCCCCCGUCGCAAGGAGGACGAGGCCAAGAAGGACGCCGUAAAGCCAGAGCAGCGGAAACCCCAGGCUUGGGCACCCAAGUCGCGUCAGGUGCGCGUAGCCGCUUAA